AUGGACGACGAGGCGAUAUAUGACGAGUUUGGCAAUCUAAUAGGAGACGAAACUGGCUCCGACGCUGGAGAAAGCGUCGAAGAGGCUCCAGACGUGAUAGUGGCAGACGGGGAGCCCGCUGCUGCAUCGCCGCCAUCUACACACCAGGCCCUGCAGUCGAACCAUACACAUUUACAUUCGCAAGCACUAGUGAAAAGGGACCUAUCAACCGACACGGGAGAGAUCAUCUAUGUUCACACUACAGAUGCAGCCUCAAAUGAGCCAGUCAUCGCGCCCAAUACUCAAAAGUCAAUGAAGACGACCAUUGAUGAAGAAAAUCAACCAAAGACGACUUACUCUCGCGAGUUUCUCAAGAAUACCUUGGAUAAACUACCGGAACGGAUACGGAACGUGGCAGUGGUAGGUGCGUGUCAAUCAGGUAAAACCAGGUUUAUCGAUCAGCUAGUUUUGCAAACUCACCCGUCUAUAUUCGAGCUGGACUAUUCCAAGAUUUUCAAACCGUUGCGAUUUAUGGAUGACCACAAGUUGGAAAAGGCAAGAGAGCAGAGUUUUAAAACUUCAGCUAUGACCUUGCUUUUGCAGGACCACAGAUCCCGCUCCUUUGCAUUCAAUAUCCUAGAUACACCAGGCCACAUUGACUUCAACGACGAAGUUGUAGCGGGGCUUGAACUCUGCGAUGGCGCGAUUCUUGUCUUGGAUGUGGUGAUUGGGCUUUCGCAUCGAGACCAGCGACUCAUUGAUGAGAUAAUGAAGCGCAACUUGCCCAUGAUUGUCGUGCUCAAUAAAAUCGAUAGCUUGAUUUUGCAAUUGCAGCUCCCGGCCAAGGACUCGUAUUUGAAGAUGUUCAACAUCAUUGACGAUGUUAACAUUUACAUUAAGCAGAGCUCCUUGUACCGAGAAAGCUACACGCAUGAGUUGGAGUUUUCACCUAUUUUGAACAAUGUCAUGUUUGCAUCGGCCGAGUUUGGGAUCUCGUUCACCUUACUGAGCUUUGCUGCGUUAUACUCGCGUAUUCAACUUCAAAAUCGACUCGACGCUGACUUGCUAUGGGGAGAGUAUUUCUAUAACUCACAAGCGAAUAAAGUCACUACCGAUUCACAAAGUGGGCAAUACCCAAGGACGUUUGUGGAGUUUGUGUUGAACACUAUUUACAGCCUCGCGUCGCUAGUUCUAAUAUCCAUGCCUGGUGAUAAAAAAUUACCACAGGCUCUUUGGGAUAAUUUUGGAGUGACUCUUCCCAAAAGGGAAUAUAAGAAAGAAGUUCGCGAUGUGUUGAAGUCAGUGUUUGUUGCUGUAUUCAAAGAGGACACGGGGUUUGUUGAUGCAGUUACCGAGAAUUUUCCUCUGCCGAAAAAAACUAUAGCAACCGACAAUGAUGAUGAUCGUGACAAUAGCAGCAGGCUGAUGCUUGGGAAAGUGACGAAAUUAGUUGAGUCGCUGAACGGUGAGCAUUUCCUCAGUUUGGCGAGAAUCUACUCGGGCACCUUGAAAGUUGAUGACGAAGUCGAUGUAAUCACGAGAGGCUCCAAUGGUGGUGGCGGCGGUGACGACGAGGAAACUAUAACAAGGAGAGAAACUAUCAGGCAGAUAUACUUGCCAGGUGGGAGGUACAAUAUCCCAGUGACAGAGAUUGGACCAGGCACCAUUGUAUUAAUAGGAGGUAUUGACUCUAGCAUCAAGAAAGGGGCCACCAUUAUGUCCACUGAAAAUGUGCAAGAUUCAGCCUUCCCCGUACCAGCGUACUCCGUCAACUCCGUUUUCAAGGUUUCAAUCGAAGCAGUGGACGCCCGUCACAGGACCCGGCUACUAGAGUCACUACGGAAAGCAAACAAGGCCUACUUAUCCUCCGUUGUUGACGUGGCCGAGACUGGAGAAUGCACAAUCCAGGCACCAGGUGAACUAUACAUGGACUGCGUAUUGCACGAUGUGAGAUUUUUCUUUGCUGACGAUUUGCAGAUUCGAGUCAGUGACCCCUUCACUAUCUUUUCAGAGACGUGCACCGAACCCUCAUUCACUAGCAUCCCAGUAUCGACAAACUCCGGCGACUUCUCCAUUUCGAUCAUGGCCGAACCCGUGGAUGAUCCCAAAUUGAGCAACGCCAUAGAACUGGGCGUGCUAAACUCGCAUCUCACCAGAGGGGAAAUGUCCAAAAUUUUGAAAUCGGAUUUCGGAUGGGACGCGUUAGCCGCUAGAAGCAUCUGGUCAUUUGCGCCUGCGGAUCUCAUCGAACCUGAUAUAUUGAUAGACGAUACGUUGGAGAUUGAAACGGACAAGUCGAAACUAUUGAAAACCAAAGAGUCCAUCAAGUCUGGAUUCAAAUGGAGCACCAACGAGGGCCCCUUGGUUGGUGAAACGAUCAGAAACACCAAAUUUAAAAUAUUGACCACCAAUUUCAAAACCGAUACCCAGCUAAACCCAGCGCAAAUCAUCCCAUUAACACGUCGCGCGUGCUACGUAGGUUUCCUCACGGCCAAGCCUCGAUUAAUGGAACCCAUGUACCAAGCAAUCGCAAUCUGCUCGCACAAGAACUUGAAAGUGAUUCGCAAACUAUUGGAUCUGAGAAGAGGAUACAUUCAAUCUCAACACGAAAUCGAGGGUACUCCCUUGUUCACCGUGGAAGGGUAUUUGCCAGUUAUUGAUAGCGUGGGGUUCCUAUCUGAGGUGAAACAGCAUACGCAAAGACAUGCGCUGGCGUGGCUUGUGUUUUCGCAUUGGCAGAUUGUACCUGGGGACCCCUUCGAUUUGCAUUGUGAGUUGCCCAAGCUUGAACCUGCCCCGGAAGAAUCGUUAGCGAGAGACUUUCUCAAAAAGACGCGAAACAGGAAAGGGUUAACGGGCGAGCCAACUUUACAAAAAUACAUCGAUGCUGAUAUUUACAUAAAGUUGAAAGAGCGUGGACUAGUCUUGUAA